AGCAACUGCAACCAAACAACCAAUCGAUUGGCUGGCCAAGCGAGCGAGUGCUUGAGGGAGUGCAGCAGAGGAUAACACAACAGCCACACGCAGCCAAGCAGAGGGAACGGGCGACCAUGUCAUCAUACGAGCUGGACGAACAAGUCCACCAGGCUGGCAUCAACUUUUACGCUCGCCUCGGAUACUGGCGACAUGUUCAGAUUGCCGUCAAACAAGGGCUGAAGAAGCUUGGCAACGAUCCCGUCAUGCACCUGUGGAAUGGCUUUUCCCAAGUCAUGGACAGUGCACAGCGGCCAGAGGGCAUCCGCAACCUGCAGAAGCUCGUGGACAGCCGGGACGUUGGUAUUGCCGCCGUUUUGGGUCUCAUCCACGCGCACAAGCAAGCAGACAUUGUGGACAAGGACGCCGUCAAAGACCUCGAGGGGCGGUUCAAGGCCGGGCUGAAGGAGAGCGGGGAGGUGUCGCUGCAUCAGGCUGCGCUCGUCAUGUGGCACACGGGCAAGACCGACAAGGCCCGCGAUAUCGUCGACAAGAUGCUCAAGCUCAAUAACGCCUCCUCAGACGGGCUGGCGACACGCGGGUGGAUCGACAUCACGAGCGGGCGCGAAUCCCACGCGAAGAAGUCCAUCAAGUACUUUGAGGAGGCUCUCAAGCCCUUCCAAGGCCGGAGCGACCAGACGCACCUCGAAGCGCUGCUGGGCAAGGCGGAGUUUAUGCUCUCCGUCAAGCACAACUACGACGAUGCACUUGUGCUGCUGAACCAGGCCGUCGCCCUCUUCCCGACGUUCAUCCCCGCGCUCAUUGCAAAGGCGUGGGCGCACCUUGCCCUCAACGACUGGGACGGCGCGCUGGACACCACGCGCCGCUGCACCAACAUCAACCCAGACUGCAUCCCCGCCCUCCAUAUCCAGAGCCUGUGCAUCCUCGCACGCACAGGCCAAUACGAGGAGGCUGCGGGCGUGCUUGGCAAAAUCAUCACCAUCCUCGACAACGUCGAGCCGCAGAGCCACCGCCUCUACUACAACCUGAGCCGGGCGCCUGCGCGCGUUUCUGGGCGGAACCAGCAGGUGCUGCAGCAGACGCGGACGAUGCUUGACCGCGCCAUGCAGAUGGACAACACCGUUGCCGUCUACUUUGAGGAGAUGGCCCACCAGCAGCUCAUGCGCGAUCACCAAGGCGCUGCGCACAAGCUGUACAAGAAGGCGAUGCAGCUUGACGAGUCGAGCGUGGGUGCUCUGCACGGCAUCAUCCACUGCCAGAUCCUCAUCGGUCAACUUGACGACGCGCAGACACAGCUCGACUUCCUCUCCGAGAUCCAGGCCUCUGCUGAGACGUCUGCGGAGCUGUGCUAUCUGCGCGCCCUGCUCAGCAGCAAGCGCAACGACCCUGUUCCCGACACCACAAAACUGCUGGACACGGCCGUCAAGGCGCACCUCACAACCAUCAAGACGAAGGCGCCAUCCCCGACGUACUUCCUCGAGCUGCAGCCCGAGCUGCUCGUCAGCAUCGCCAAGCUCUAUCUCCAGUACGCUCCCGCCCACCCGCCGACCUCUGGCGACGCAGCCUCGCCCAUCCUGGACAAGGCGAGCAUGCCGCUGGAGGCCCUGGUCAAGCUGUGUCCGGGAUGCAUUGAGGCCGCGUAUCUCCUCGCCCGCGUGCGCUUCCUCAGCGGCGAUCUUGUGGCCGCACAGAGUGGCGCGCAGCACUGCCUCAAGAUGAACACCGGCUUCACGGAAGCACACCUCCUCAUGGCCGAGAUCCAACUUGCGAUGGGCAACUACGGCACGGCGUUGCAGGCGCUGCAGAACGGACUGAGCUACAACUUUGAGAUCCGGGACCUGCCGCUGUACCACGUGCUGCAGGCGCGCAUCCACCUCGCCGAGGACAAGACCACUGACGCCCUCAAGAGCAUGCAGGCCGCCAUGAAGAUCCCUGGGGUCCGCAAAGUCGUGCAAAACACGAAGACGAGCCGGCCUGUGAAGCGGUCUGCGCCCGUUACAGAUCGCGUCACGGUGUUCCUGACGCUCGCCGACGUGCAUAUUGCUGCCAACCGCCUCAACGACGCCGCCAAGGUCCUUACCGAGGCCGAAAACCAGUUCAGGGACACCGCAGAGGCUGUCAGGGUGACCCUGGCCCAGUCUGAGCUUGCGCUGAAGCGUGGGGACGUUGAAGGCGCCCUUGACCUUCUCCGCGGAGUUGGGCGUGAGGAACCGUACUACAUCCAGGCAAAGGAGAAGAUGGCGCACAUCUACCUGCACCACCGCAAGGAUAAGCGGGUGUACGCGGCAUGCUACAAGGAGCUCGUCGAGCAGAACCCAACCAGCCACUCGUAUCUGCUGCUUGGCGAUGCGUACAUGGCCAUCCAGGAACCAGACAAGGCCAUCAACGUGUACGAGACUGCGCUCAAGCAGAACCCACGCGAUGGCACGCUCGCGAGCAAGAUUGGCGCUGCACUUGUGCGGACACACGACUUCAACCGGGCCAUCAAGUAUUACGAGGCGGCGGUGAAGAACGGGGAGCAGCCGCACCUCCGCUCUGCACUCGCCGAGCUCCACCUCAAGCUCAAGAACUUUGACAAGGCCAAGCGCGUGCUUGAGGAUGCGCUUGCCUCGUCCAACCAGGACACGAUUGAGGGCAUGGUGCAGACCGUCAAGGACUACGAGAUGCUCGCCCGUGUGCACAAGCAGUCCACGGACAUCUCUGCCGCCAUUGACACGCUGCAGCGUGCACGCAAGCUGCAGUCCCAGGUCAUCUCGCGCGUGUCGGCCGAGCAGCCGGAGUCGCUUAAGCAGCAGCAGCAGACGGCUGCAGAGCUGUCGUUCCAGAUUGCCAAGUACUAUGAGGAGGACGAGCACAACUACAGCAAGGCGACGGCGGCGUACCAGGAAGCGCUGUCGUUUGACCAGGCCAACUCCCGCGCCAUGCUUGCCCUGGCCAAGCUGCACCUUGACCGAGGCGACCUCGAGGCUGCCCAGUUCCAGCUGUCGCCGCUGCUGCAGCAGGGCGCGCUGCUGUCUGCGCAGGAGCAGGGCGAGGCAGCAAUGAUGAUGGCCGACAUCAUGUUCCGCAAGCACGAGUAUGACUCUGCCACGUUCCACCUGCAGCAGCUGCUGGACAAGCAGCCCGAGCACUACGAGGCGUUGUCGCGUUUGAUUGACCUCAAUCGCCGCGCGGGGAAGCUGGACGCCUGCGACAAGUACAUCACCCAGGCCGAAACCGCCUGCGCACGCCCCGAGACGGAGCCAGGCCUCAACUACUGCCGCGGUGUGCUGCGGCGGUACCAGCAGCGGCCAAACGAGGCGCUCAAGGCGCUGAACAAAGCGCGCAAGGACUCCGACUACGGCGUCAAGGCCCUUUACCACAUGGUCGAGAUCUGCCUCAACCCAGAUGACACCUCCCUCGGCACCUCGGAGCCAACCGCUGCUGGUGACUCGGCCUCUGAGGCGCUGCAGAUGGGCGCAAAGACCGCAGAGAAGCUCCUCGCAGAACUCGCCUCCCUUGGCGAGAGCUCAAAGCUCAAGUACAAGCUGCUGCAGAACUAUGCGCUUGCAGCGAGCAAAUCCAAGCAGCAGAUGGAAAAGGCCCUCGCGAACUUCACCGCCCUCGCCAGCGAACAGCGGGAGGAGGUUGGGGCGAUCCUGGGCAUGGCGCGCACGUACAUGCAGCUGAAGAACACACCAAAAGCGCGCCACCAGCUCAAGCGCGUGACGAAACUCGAGUGGAACUCCGACGACGCAGAGGAGUUUGAGGGGGCGUGGCUGCUGCUGUCGUACAUCUACAUCAACAGCGGCAAGUACGAUCUGGCACAGGAUCUCCUUAAGAAGAUUCUUCAGCACAACAAGAGCUGCAGCAAGGCGUGGGAGUACAUGGGAUACAUCAUGGAGAAGGAGCAGUCAUAUGCGAAUGCUGCUGAGUUUUACGAAAACGCGUGGAGCUUCAGCACGGCCGCGGAUCCGGCCGUCGGGUACAAGCUCGCCUUCAACUACCUCAAGGCCAAGCGCUUCGUCGACGCCAUCGACAUCUGCCACGCGGUGCUCAAGGCAAACCCCGACUACCCGCGCAUCCGCAAGGACAUUCUGGAGAAGGCGAGAAUGGGGCUCAAGAACUAACAAGAAGAAAGAUGAGACACGCAUUCACAUGCACUUGGGUGCUGCUGUUGUUGCUGUUUGUUCGUUCCUUCUUCUUUUCUUCUGCGUUUGUUGUGGAUUUGUGUAUUGCUGUGCGUGUCGCAUCCGUUGCUUCGAGCUGACAAUCUUGUGUGUGUGUGUGUGUGUGUGUGUGUGUGUGUGUGUGUGUGUGUGUG